UUUCUGCUUCGAAGGAAAGAAAAUACUACUACUGGACUGUAUUACUACUGUACUACUAGCUGGACUGUAUUAUUUUUCGAAAUUUGAACAGUGAAGUAUGUUGAAGCAGAACACACACAGGAAAACAGCAAGGAAAACGUCUCGGAAAUGAGGCGAUGUAUCUGACACAGAAAAGGGGAGAAAAAGACACGAUCAUGCACGUAACUCGCAUAAAACGAGAACAAUAAGGGUUUAAAAGAGCGGAUACUCUUUUUUUUAACACGAGAGAGGAAGAGAAAGAAAAAAAACAGAAAUGGCGACGGAAGAAUACAGAUGGGACAGAUUCCUCUCCCUCCCCGCCGAGGAGAGGAACAGGAGCGAGGAGGUGCUGUUCCUCUGCGAUCCCGACGACAACAUAAGCGUGCCCGUGCAUAAGCUCAUGUUCGCCUGCGACCUCUGCCUGGAGAAGGAGGAGGUCCUGGGGCUGUGGCGGCAAGGCGUGUGCGACCUGCCCCCGAGUCCCGUGUUCGACACCUCCAUCUACGUGCUGUACAUCUCCAUCCUGGUGUUCGCGGUGUUGGGGAACUCCAUGGUGGUGUACGUGGUGUGUUCCUCGGCCAAGAUGCGCACCGUCACCAACUACUUCAUCGCGAACCUGGCUGUGGGCGACCUGUUCAUGGCCAUCUUCUGCGUUCCCUUCUCCUUCAUGAGCACCCUCAUCCUCAAGUACUGGCCCUUCGGCGGAGAGCUCUGCGUGGCCGUCAACUACCUCCAGGCCGUGUCGGUGUUCGUCUCGGCCUACACCCUCGUGGCCAUCAGCCUCGACCGCUACUUCGCCAUCAUCUACCCGCUGCGACCUCGGAUGACCCGCUUCCAGGCCAAGGUCAUCAUCGCCGGCGUCUGGGUGCUCGCCCUGGCCACCACGCUCCCGGUCGCCAUCUACUCCAAGCUGUUCGAGCCGCCCCUCAACUGGUACCGGUACUUCGGCCACCAGGUGUGCACGGAGGACUGGGGCGACAGCGACUCCAACAAGGACUCGCGUACCGCCUACAGCGUGGCGCUCAUGCUCCUCCAGUACUCCCUCCCGCUGGCGGUCCUCAUCUUCACGUACUCCAGGAUCGCCGUCGUGGUCUGGGGCAAGAAGAACCUGGGGGAGACGCCCGCCAGGAUGGACAGGAUCGCCAGGAGUAAAAGGAAGGUAGGACGGCCGCCGCGCCUUCUUUUCAUUUUCUUCGCUCAUUUCAUCUCUCUCUCUUCUUCUCUCUCUCUCUCUCUCGUCAGACAAUUACUGAAAGACGAAUAUGAACAUUUACGUUAA